GUUACAUUCAGAGCUGUCUUCACAAACCUCGGCGCGAGCGGAAGACUGCCCCCAACUUCCCUUGGUAGUUACUACAGUGGUCAGGAUCAUGACGGUCAAGUUACAUUGCUCAGCGGUAUUCAACGCUGGACCGUGCCGUACACAGGCGACUACAGAAUAGAGGCAAUAGGAGCUGCAGGGGGGUACGACACGAGAAGUAACGGAGGCAUAUUUCGUGGAAGAGGUGCUAGAAUGGAGGGCACUUUUAACUUAUCUCAAGGCGAAACAAUUCAAAUACUCGUGGGUCAAGAGGGUGGAAUUAACAAUGUAACUACUUCUGCUGGAGGCGGUGGAGGUACGUUUGUGGUGAUGAUUGGAAACAAAGCGCCAUUGAUAGUGGCUGGUGGAGGAGGAGGCGUGAAUUAUUCCAACACAAGAUAUACUGGAUGUGAUGCAACGACGUCGUCGAUAAUAGGUAGAACUGGGCACCUGUCAUUGGAGGGAGGCAGUGGUGGUUCCGGAGCAAAGACCGGCCAGAGUACAAAUUUAGGUGAGAAAAUUUAACUGUAUAAGAGUGGAUCCUUCUUUUAAAAGCACCAAUCUUAUGACCAUCAGUUUGGAUUCAGUAAGAUAAUCCACUAAACUACCCUGGCUCCAGGGGUCCGUUCUCAAAAUACGUAAUAUUAAAUAAACCGUGCUUACGGUUUGAUAAGGCUCCCGAGCCGGACCUCUGGUUACACAAGCAAGCAACCUCAUUUCCAUGCAAGAAAUCAGUUCAAAAUCUGAACUGGGUCGCCGAUUGUUUACUCCCACGUCCGCAGGAGACAUUAAUACUGUAACAGUGACCUUUAUUGGCUGCAUCGAAGAACUUCACCGCAAGAGAUAAAAAAAACCGGUUGCGAUCAGAUGUUCAUAACAAACAAUACAAUCCCGGGUUAUAAUUCAGAGAUCUCGACUUUCAUGUUUCCCUUGCUUUGGAAGUGUGGCUAAGCAAUCUCUGGCUAAACUGCGAAAUAAUUUAAGCGAACAUCCGACAACUGGAUCAACGUUGCUCGAGGAAGAAGCUUUGUUUGAAUUUUUCCUACCAAAGGACGUACUUUGAAUGAAAGUGAUGAUUUCCUGCUAUAGUUUGUCUUGGGCUCAGUUCUGCAGUGUUGUUUGCGCCGGAUGUCCAUGAUGUUGAAUUCUCACCGAUAGUACCCUGGGUGCAAAAGGUUUUUUCUUUUUUCCCUAAUUCCUGAUUUAUUUGCUAAAAAAUGCAGCAGAAUGACCAGCCGAAAUAUUGUUAUAAAAAAACAAUACACGUUGUUUUAAAUCAGCUUUGCUGUAGUCUUCGGACUUCUCGUUCUUGAGCAGAAUGAUGUUUUAUUUGGUAUAGCCGUUUUGUCUGGCAAUAUUUACUUUGACCUGGUAAAGUAAUACAAGUGUCGCGGACCUCAUUUUAUCCUGUUUCUGGUAAAGGAAACUUACAGUACGGUGGAUAGUGCUCUCCGUCUUUUAAAAUACUGAGAAUCGGAAAGAAAGGGGAAUUUGUAAAGCGUCUUUAUUUCUUGACUUUAGGCGGUGGCGGUGGUGGGUUCUACUCCAGUGGACGAAGUUCAACGCAGUUUGGAGGUUCGAAGGGGACUGGUGGAGAAGGAGGUAGAGGGUUUAUUCAGGGAGGAAUUGGUGGAAGAUCUUGGUUAAAAAAUGUUGCUGGGGGAUUUGGAGGAGGUGGUGGUCCUUAUGGAAACGGAGGAGGUGGUGGUGGUGGUGGAGGCUACUCUGGGGGUGGUAGCGGGAAAGGUUUACAGGAAGCCUGUGGAGGAGGGGGAGGAUCCUACAACGCUGGAAAGAAUCAGCAAAAUGAAUGUUGCUACAAUGCAGCUGGACAUGGUCAGGUGACCAUAACACUAAUUUAA